UCGGAACCCUGUUUUAGCUGACCGGGAGGGGGCGUGAGCUCUACAGGAAACGACACCUACCCCCGCCAAUAGAGGGCGAAACUCUCCUCUGGUGACCAAUCACUGCGAGGCAUUGGGCGGGCUCCACAAUGCUCGCCGUGUUCUGUUGAAUUCUAUUGCCGACCAUUAAAAAAAAUAAUAAUCGGGAGAGUGGAAGUAGAAGAACCAGGGGUAACGCGACAGACAUACAGACAGGGCUGUAUUUAAAGGGACCGGUGGCUAUUCUCAACAAGAAAACGAAACAUCAGUAAUUUGAUGGUCUUUAUUACUGACCCUUGGAUUUUGGUUUGGCUGUCUCAUUUUAAAUCCGGACCGUUUCUGUGCGGCUGGCUAGCUGACUGGCUAGCUAUAUUCAUUUUCUCUCGGACACGUUUCAUCGUUUAAAAACACUACAUAGCGGGCUAAAUUGAAUGUUGUUUCUGUCAUGAGUCCGGCCGGCUGCGCUCAUGUGAACGGUUUUAAGGUGGAGAACUGGAAGCAGAAUCUACGAGUCAUAUACCAGUGCUUUGUGUGGAGUGGGACUGCUGAAACCAGGAGACGCAAGGUACUACAGAAUGAUGUGGGAUGGACUUCAUUGGCCAAGUCGUGUAUGUGUCACAUGUGCGGCGCCCACCUCAGCCGGCUCCACUCCUGCCUGUACUGCGUCUUCUUCGGCUGCUUCACCAAGAAGCACAUCCACGAGCACGCCAAGAACAAGCGCCACAACCUGGCUAUAGACUUGUUAUACGGAGGCAUAUACUGCUUUGUGUGUCAGGACUACAUUUACGACAAAGACAUGGAACAGAUCGCCAAAGAAGAGCAGAGGAAGGCCUGGAAGUUGCAAGGCGUGGGAGAGAAGUAUUCAACAUGGGAACCAACCAAGAGAGAGCUAGAGCUGCUAAGACACAAUCCCAAGCGCAGGAAAAUCACCACAAACUGCACCAUUGGCCUGCGGGGGCUCAUUAACCUGGGGAACACCUGCUUCAUGAACUGCAUCGUGCAGGCGCUCACCCACACGCCGCUCCUGCGCGACUUCUUCCUGUCCGACCGGCACAAGUGCGAGAUGCAGUCCAACUCCUGUCUGGUCUGCGAGAUGGCCCAGCUCUUCCAGGAGUUCUACUCCGGACACCGCUCCCCACACAUUCCGUUCCGGCUGCUGCACCUGGUGUGGACGCACGCGCGCCACCUGGCCGGCUACGAGCAGCAGGACGCCCACGAGUUCCUCAUCGCCGCGCUGGACGUGCUGCACCGCCACUGCAAGGGCGAUGACAACGGGAAGAAGGCCAACAACCCGAACCACUGCAACUGCAUUAUCGACCAAAUCUUCACUGGGGGGCUGCAGUCGGACGUCACCUGCCAAGUCUGCCACGGGGUGUCUACGACCAUAGACCCGUUCUGGGACAUCAGCCUGGACCUGCCCGGCUCCUCCACCCCCUUCUGGCCCCUCAGCCCCGGGGGGGACUGCGGCGUGGUCAACGGGGAGAGCCACCAAUCAGGGGCCACCACGCUGACGGACUGUUUACGAAGGUUUACACGACCAGAGCAUUUAGGAAGCAGUGCCAAAAUUAAGUGCGGUGGUUGCCAUAGUUACCAGGAGUCCACCAAACAGCUGACAAUGAAGAAGCUGCCAAUCGUGGCGUGUUUUCAUCUAAAGCGGUUUGAGCACUCGGCCAAGUUGAGGAGGAAGAUCACCACGUACGUGUCCUUUCCCCUGGAGCUGGACAUGACCCCCUUCAUGGCCUCCAGUAAAGAGAGCCGAGUCAACGGACAGUACCUGCAGCCAGUGGACCCCCUCAACAACGACAACAAGUACUCCCUGUUCGCGGUGGUGAACCACCAGGGGACGCUGGAGAGCGGCCACUACACCAGCUUCAUCCGCCAGCACAAAGACCAGUGGUUCAAGUGCGACGACGCCAUCAUCACCAAGGCCAGCAUCAAGGACGUGCUGGACAGCGAAGGGUAUCUGUUGUUCUAUCACAAGCAGUUCCUGGAAUACGAGUAGCCUUACCCAGAGGACUCUGAGAGACACGUGCAGCCUUCAGGAGACGAAAGAGAAAAAGGAGAGAG